AUGAGCCCGCUCCCCGUCGGCAACGGCAGCGCCUGGGGGGCGGCAGCCCCGGGCCCCGGCCCCAACUGCAGCGGCGCCGCCAGCCUGAGCCGGCAGUGGGCGGUGGGGGCCGCCCUGAGCCUCACCGUGCUGGUGAUCGUGGCCGGGAACCUGCUGGUGAUCGUGGCCAUCGCCAAGACGCCGCGGCUGCAGACCAUGACCAACGUCUUCAUCACCUCGCUGGCCUGCGCCGACCUCAUCAUGGGCUUGCUGGUGGUGCCGCCGGGGGCCACCAUCCUGCUGAGCGGCCACUGGCCCUACGGCACGGUGGUGUGCGAGCUGUGGACCUCGCUGGACGUGCUGUGCGUGACGGCCAGCAUCGAGACGCUGUGCGCCAUCGCCGUGGAUCGCUACCUCGCCAUCACGUCGCCGCUGCAGUACGAGGCGCUGGUGACCAAGGGCAGGGCGCGGGCCGUGGUGUGCCUGGUGUGGGCCAUCUCCGCCUUCAUCUCCUUCCUGCCCAUCAUGAACCACUGGUGGCGGGACGGCGCCGACGAGCAGGCGGUGCGCUGCUACGACGACCCGCGCUGCUGCGAUUUUGUCACCAACAUGACCUACGCCAUCAUCUCCUCCACCAUCUCCUUCUACGUGCCCCUCCUCGUCAUGAUCUUCGUCUACGUCCGCGUCUUCGCCGUGGCCACGCGGCACGUGCAGCUCAUCGGCAAGGACAAGGUGAGGUUCCUGCAGGAGCCCCCCAGCCCCGGCUCCAGGGGCGGCCGGCGGAGGCGACCCUCCCGCCUGCUGGCCAUCAAGGAGCACAAGGCGCUCAAGACCCUGGGCAUCAUCAUGGGCACCUUCACGCUCUGCUGGCUGCCCUUCUUCGUGGCCAACAUCAUCAAGGUCUUCUGCCGGCCGCUGGUGCCGGAUCAGCUCUUCCUCUUCCUCAACUGGCUGGGCUACGUGAACUCAGCCUUCAACCCCAUCAUCUACUGCCGCAGCCCCGACUUCAGGAGCGCCUUCCGCAAGCUGCUGUGCUGCCCGCGCCGCGCCGACCGCCGGCUCCACGCCGUCUCACAGGACCCGCAGCACUGCCCCUGCGCCUUCAGCCCCCGGGGGGGCCCCUUGGGGCACAGCAAGGCAGCCCCCCUGCGGCGCGGGGAGGACGGCGAGGCUCGGGGUGCCGGCAGGACGGAGGAGACGGCCCCGUCCCACGGCAGCGCCCACCAGCAGUGGCCCCUGGGCGAGUGCUGGCUGCAGGGCAUGCAGAGCACGCUGUGUGAGCGGCUGGACGAGUUUACCGGCAGAGAGACGCCAGCAGGUCCUUCGGUGUGACCGGCAGCCGAGCAGAGGAGGCAGGACAGGCCGGGCGCCGCGACGGGGACGCUGCGUGGGGACGGAGGAGCAGCACGGGGGGUGGCGGCGCUGGAAGGACCCCCGGAGAGGAAGGGGGCUCCCACUCGGGGAGUGCACUGGGCUCCUCUGAUGCCGGAGGGCUGAAGCCAGCAGGGAAAAGCUCCCGAGCCUCCUGCGCUGAGGCUCCCCACAGCAGCACGGCCGCCAGGGACUGGGGGAAGCUGCCCGCGUGCCCCCCGACGUGGCUGGUGCUGGGACGUGGUGGCCAGCAGCUCUGCUCCCCCGCAGGACCCUGACUUCCCGGCCGUGUGGGGGCAGCCCCGCAGCCAAGGGAAGAAGGGUGCCCUGCAAAUGAGACCCGUCCGUGAUCCUCACCGGGUCCUGCCCCCGCCGCGGCUGUGAACUUCCCGGGGCUGCCGCGAUGCUGGGAGCUGCAGCGACGCCGUCAGCUGGGGAACACAGGGAGCGAGGGGAUCUCCGGGCUUGGGGACACCGGGCAAAACACGUGAACUGUGCUCUCGUCCGAUGUCGUGUUUAUUCUGGGUGGAUCUCCAGGUUUGCGGGGUUGGGGUCGGGAGGGGGGCGUUGGGUGAAGCCUGCAGGAGCAGCGCCCCUUUGCCACACCGAGACCGCCGUGCGGCUUCCACCAGCAACGCGCAGAGCCGCUGCCACCCUCAGGACACAGCCGGGGUGUUUCUGCUACUUCCCACCCAGCGGUGGAGGUGUGAACGCCGCGGGGCCGUGCUACGCACCCCGAAACCCCGGGGGUGACCGGAGCAUGGCCGAGAGCAGC